AUGGCCACUUCUGGGCAACCUUCCUUUAAUGGAACAGAUACCGAGCCGUUUCCCAGUUUCGACAAUGCAUCACCUACCAAUGCCGACACCGAUUCAUCAAAUAUUCACAAUCGUCCAGCAGCAUCUUCAUCUCUAAGCGGUCGCCUGCGAAGAGCUUCGCAAAGCUUCGAAGUUUCCGGUCCUCCGGAAGGUUUUAUGGCUGCCACAGGAACCAUCGCAUCUUCAAUCUUUUCCCGACAAACAGUGACGCGCAGGACUUCAGAGCCCUCGAUACCGAUGCAAACAGGUCAAUCUUUCGGUAGUGCGUCUAGGCAGAAUACCUUUCCCACCGUCAACGAAGAGGCUCCCGAGAAAAAAGCAAGUGCAAGCAAAGCUUCUCCUAGACGAAACUUUACUGGGGAGCCAGCAGCUGCGGCUCCUUUCGACAAUGGGUAUCACUUCCCACCAAAACAUUCAUCUGGACAGUCUACAAAACUCGGCUUGAUUGCAUUCGGGCACUAUGUCAUAACACCUACAGGUUUCCUUGUCACUCUCUAUGGCCUGAACGUUGUAGCCUGGGGCGGCAUGCUCUUCUUAUUGCUCUGCAACGCUUCACCAGCAAUGUGUGUUCCAACUUGCAAUGAUAUCAACUCGCCCAGACGAAAAUGGAUAGAGUGGGAUUCUCAGAUCCUUAAUGCUCUCUUUUGUGUCACAGGCUUUGGACUCGCCCCUUGGCGCUUUCGCGAUUUAUAUUUCCUCCUUCAGUAUCGCGUCCAGAAGAAGGAAGUUGCCCUUCGACGCUUGGCAGGCAUCCAUCGAGGAUGGUUCCGUCUUCCAGGAUCUGAUCAGCUUGACCCUCAGAUAGGGCCCCAUAAUAUCUCCUCGUCGCCCGAUCUCAACUCGUCACUCGCCUGCCCGUUUCCCCCAGAGAAAAUCCCCGAUGCUCCCUUGACAGGAGUCCGAGCUCCACCAACUACCAUUACAAGAUUGGAUGCUGUCAUAUGGUUGAUGGUAUGGAACACCUUCCUGCAGUGCGUCCUGUCUGGGUUUAUGUGGGGGUUGAACCGUUACGAUCGUCCCAGUUGGUCCACAGGCCUCUUUGUCGCACUCGCUUGUAUCGUUGCCGCUAUCGGAGGAAUUGUUAUGUUUAUUGAGGGGAAGAAAGUAAAAGGCAUCGAAGGCGUUCCCAUCAGCCAAGAGGAUCAAAAGAUGCUACAGGAAGACCGAGAACGCGGUGUAUGGCACUACAACAACAUCAAGGACAAAGACUUGGCUGCCGAAGAGGCCAAGAAGAGAAAGGACAAGAAAUGA